UUCGAUCUUAUCGAAAAAAUUAAUACUCUUCUAAAGCUUUGUGUAUUGUAAAGGAGUGAACAAUAAUAGCGGUUUGUUUGUAAAUAUUAUACAAAUUAAAAAGUAAAUCUAAUGGUUAUCAGUUUGACCUGGCGUGAAAUUGCUAUUCUGGUAUUCGUGUGCUGUACUUGGCUGCACGUUGGAUAUUUAAGCUGGAAAUUAUCUACAAAGUUGUCCAACAAUGCCGCUAACCGCUGAUGUUGCGGCACAACAAGUGCAGGAGCGACUUAGGGCACUGCAUAGGCUGAUAUAUGAAAUUGAAGCUGAAAGGGGCCGUAAUGAACAAUGCAUAGAGUCCAUAUUAAAGGCAGAAAAAGCAGCAGAGUCUCCACCAUCAAAUGAGGACUCUUCCGGAUCAUCCCAACAGCAAAUGCAACUGAAAAGCUUGUACAAAGCGGGACUUGCAGCGGCCGAACAGGAAGAAAGGGUGCUCCGCGCGGCUCUUAAUCGGAUAUACGAAAUUCGAAGUAUUAAAAAUGAGAGACGCAUUCAGGCUCGGCACGCCGGCAACAAGGAAACAAUCGGGUGCGGGGCACUCAUGAAGAUGCUGCUCUCCGCCGCGGCCACGCUGCCCCUGCACGUGGGGCGCGGCGGGGGCGAGCGCGCGCCGGCGCUGUGCGGCGCCGUGCCCGCCGACCCCGGCCACGUGGCGCGCCCCGGCGACGCCGUGGCCGCGCUGGUGCGCGUCUCCGACAAGGAGGAGAACUGGAUCCUGGCUGAGGUAGUGAGCUGGCUGCCGGCACAGGGCAAGUACGAGGUGGACGAUAUUGACGAGGAGCAGAAGAACCGUCACGUUCUAAGCAAGCGGCGCGUCGUCCCACUGCCGCUUAUGCGCGCCGACCCGCGCACCGACGAGCACGCGCUGUUUCCCAAGGGCGCCGUGGUGAUGGCGCUGUACCCGCAGACGACGUGUUUCUAUCGCGCCGUCGUCAACCGCCUGCCCGCCUCUGCCGCCGACCCCUACGAGGUCUUGUUUGAAGACUCGUCGUACGCGGACGGGUACUCGCCGCCGGAGCGCGUGGCGCAGCGCUACGUGAUCGCCAUCAAGGAGGGCAAGGGCCGCGCCACCUGACCCGCGCCGCAGCGCCCAGGGACCGACUCCGCCUCCGUGCAUUCCGCAGACUCCCUGCUUUAGAUCUCAUUUUGACGGCGUGCGAACUCGCAUGUGAUUCUAGUUACAUUGCGGACUAUUGAGGCUACAUCCAAUUCAGUCGACCAAUCAAAUACCACUCGCAUGCGAGUUCUCGCGCCAUCUAAAUGAGCCCUUAGGCUCAGGUUCAGUGGUGGCGGGGACUGCACGUGCCCGCAGGCGGUGCAACUAGUCAAACUCAUAAGUCGCGAUAACACGCUGUAUCGUGCGGUAAAAAACUCAUAAUGGUACGCGUUUUGGAAAUCUAACGCACCCCGUUGCGGGCCCUAUAUAUCGACCAAUGAAAACAGUUUGCCGACUGAGGGUCCUAAUACCAUGCUUUAUUUUAUGAAAAAGCACGGUACGCAAGCAAUAUAGGGUCAUUGCACUAGUUUCCGUCCAGUUCUAGUUUUCUUCCAUUUGACUGAUAUAUUUCAUUUUUAAGUCCCUACUUGCAAAAUAUCAUUUUUAUGUAGAUAAAAGUGGACGAAAACUAGCGCAAUGGCCUUUACCACGUAGGGCCGGAGACGUUCUGCUUACACAUUCAGUGUGGCUUCUGUAUGAAUCGCCGCCGCCGAGUACCAGAACACGCACGAUUACCUCGUAAGGCUCACCAGAUUAAAAAAACUUAUUUUUAAUUUGAACCUUGUUACAUAUCGUAAAUUGGGAUGAAUUUCGUUUGUUUGACAAAGCAAUAAAACAAUAGAAAUGCAACUUUAUUUGGUUUAUGAAAGAUUUUAAUCAGACUGAAACGGAGUGUACAGUCGACGUCAAAGAUAUGUUAACACUUUUCUACCUUACUCCCUUUGCAAUAAGGCAUGUAAACAUAUUUUUGGCGUCGACUUUGUAUUAUAUUUAGCUUAAGCAAAUUAGAAAAAUCUGCGGAAAUAAUUCGUUAUGUUAUGUAUAUGUUUUCACGAUUUUUUUCAAAUUUUUUAGUAAAGACUUUCAAGGAAAAAUAUAGCGAACCUAAUCGGUAUAGCUGUUUUUGACCCGACAUGCUCAUGGCCUGUUUUUUUAUAUUUUAUCAGCAGGUCGCUUAGCUUGCAUACUCUAAACUAACUACUAAACUACUACGAAUUAUUGCCGCAGAUUGCCCAAAUUCCGCUUAAUUUGACGUGGCUAAUUGGACCUUACGAGGAUAAGCCACCGUUGUAAUUUUUUAAACGACAUCAAAAACGAAUAUUUGUUUUUCUUUAUUGUUUGUUCCCCGAUCUCGAGGAUGACUGAAUUGAUUUUGGAAAUGAAUUUAUGAUAUUAUGUUACUUUAACCUUUUCGACGCCGUGUCAAACACAAAAGCUGUCACUCUGACGCCACGUCACCGAAGUGUCAAAACUGAAAUUGAACUUUAUGCAUAUGCACGUAGGUCUAUGUUGCUCUGUGGUCUGUGACCGAUUAAUCAGUCUUUGGCGUUGAACCUGCGGUGCGGAUAUAUCGGUCAUUGGCGUCCAAAAGGUUAAUGGUCAUGCCAAUUUUCAUGUUAUUUUAGCAUUAAAUUAGUCUAUAUCUAUAAUAACUAUGAUUAGCUUAGAUCUUAGUCAGUAGUUUUGAUAAAAUGAGGUAAAAUAUUUAAAUAAGCUUGUAAUUUGAUGUUUCAAUUAUUCCUUAUCAAGGCAGGCAAGGCACAUUCGACUUAAAACAUGUGUUCUAUAUAAAAUGAAAUGACUGACAUUUUUUUACUUUCGGCACGAAAAAGGGGUUAGAUGCUAACCUAACCUAAUCCCAAUUUAAAAUCUGAGAAAUAGCGAUUAUGUAAUCAUGUAGCAUUACAAAACAUGAAUUAGAUGCAUAUUAGGUGUGAACUUGUCCACAGAAAAGAUGAAUUUUAUUUUUCUUCGUCUAUAAGAUAAUAAUUAUUAUAAUUAAUAAGCCAAUGGUGAAUUAUAUUGGAAAAAAAAGGUGAUGUAAACAAUUUAGUAGCAUGGUGGUAUUCCACCUGUCCAAUGUCAGUGCGUGUCACUCUCUCAUUAACAGUGCGUCUCACUCUCUCAUUAACACAUUGAGCGCUAGGAACCAGCUCGGUGGGUUUUUUGUUCGUAGUCGCUUUUCUCUACAAAGCGGGAAAACGCUGGGAUCCGCUUCGAGCGUAGCGUUACGAAAACGUUGGCAGUGAAUGUGAUAAAACAAAAUGUGAGACGCAAUACACAUUGGACAAAGAAAUUGGAUAGGUGGAAUAGAUAAGGUAU